AUGGUCGAGUUUUUGGAAGAAAAGGUGUUCCUCAAGUUCUCCAGACCUAGGAUUAUUCUAUCAGAUAACGGCAAGCAGUUCGAGUCGCAGGUGUUUCGAGCACUGCUAAGCCGUCACAACAUUAUCCACAUGAAGACCGCUUUUUACGCACCGCAGGUCAACAACGCCGAGCGAGUGAACAGAGUUCUUAUCACUUGUGUUCGAUCGUUGCUGGAGGAAGAUCAUCGAGAGUGGGACAAGAAUCUGGCCGCCAUCACCGCAGCCAUCAACAGUGCGAAGCACGAAUCAACCGGAGUCAGCCCGCACUUCGCCAACUUUGGAAGGGAACUUCUGUUGCACACGGACCUCUACACUCUGCAGGACUUAAACGUGUCAGACGAUCCAAAGGUCGCGCAGGAGAUGCGGCUAUCCACGAUCAACAGGAUUCACAAAUUCAUCCAACAGCGGAUCAAGAAGACCCACGAGAAGACAAAGAAGCGCUACGAUCUACAAAAGCGGACUGUGUCCUUUCAACCGGGCGAGCUACUGCUGUUUGACAUAGUAAAGUCUAUGUUCUCAUAA